AUGUACCCUAUUUCAGCAUUUAUUAUAUUCCAAAACAACCAAAACAAUUCAAAUACAGAUUCAAUUUCUUUAUCAAACAAGACAACAGUAUCUACUGCAUUUCAUCCAUUUUCACCACCUCCUUCAUCAUUAACCCAAGCAUUACAACAACAACAAAAGCAACAAAACAACUAUGACAACACUACAACAAACUUACCAGAUUUCACUCAAUCAACAUCAGUAAUUAUCCCAGUGAUUACAAUAGAACCAGGUUCAAGAAUUCCACCUGGUGGAUUACCACUUGAAGAACUUUAUAAGAAAUUUCCAAAUUGUAAGAUAUUCGAAACUCAACAAUUGGAAAAAGAAGUUAUUUUGUUUUCUCAAAGUGAAACCUCCAAGAAAAUUAAUGUCAAGUAUGAAAAGACUAAUUCUACUACUAGUACUAUUAUUUAUGAGGAAAACAAAUGUGAAACUCAAUCCAAUGAAAACAAUGAAAAAGAGGCGGUUGGUAAUGAUACAACGGGCAAUUUAGAUGUUGAUAAAAUUUCAAAACAAGUUUCAGAUGAGCUAGUCAUCAACUCAGCAACUCCUUCAAACUCUACAUCUUCUACUGAUGAUAUUAUUAUACAAAUUUACCCAUCGUGA